UGUGCGUCUCUGCUGGCGGCUGGGAGUAUUACACGCGAUCCGAGCGGAUCAGUGUCCCGACUCCGUACCGAACCGAACCCGAAGCCGAGCGCUCUUCUCGGGCUUCCUGGAGUGGAAGAUGGCGGAUCUGAGCGCAGUUCGACAGGAACUUAGAAACAGAAAUCUGAGCAGUUCUUUCGGGGAGCUUCCGUGUACAUCAUCGCAAAAAGAAGAGCAACAGAAACUGGCUGUGCCGUUCUGCGGCGGCAUCCGGGGAGGAAUGAGGCCAGGGAAGAAAAUCACCAUCAUGGGCGUCAUGAACGCAGAUCCGGACAGUUUUGACAUCAGUCUGACGUGCGGCUGCGGGGACGUCGCUCUGGAUAUGUGCGUACAGUUCGAAGACCGGGAGAUUCUGCGAAACGCCUGUGUUUCUGAUAACUGGGGCGAGGAGGAGAGAUCGAUACCCUACUUCCCCUUCAUCGCAGAGCAGCCUUUCAGGGUUGAGAUCCACUGUGAGCACUCGCGCUUCCGUGUGCUGGUGGACGGCCAUCAGCUCUUUGACUUCUACCACCGCGUGACGCCGCUGACGGCCAUCGACACCAUCCAGAUCAGCGGCGGUCUGACCAUCACCAAGCUGAACUGACCUCUGACCUCUGACCUCUGCGGCGUCACAUGAGAGCAGCUUCACCACCUCCCAUCCGUUCUGAGCAUUAAAGACUGUGUGACACCGCUUCUGAAUCAUCCACCACUGAUGAACUCAACGUGAAACUGCGUUUAUAUUACAGCUAUAACGAGGCAUUUAUUUUUAUUCGCUGAAGCAUUUUUAGCAGAAGUCAACAUGAAACACCAUUUGCAACCCAUUUAUUUAGUUUUUUGAGUGCAACAGGAUGUUAAAAUAGAACAUGGGGUUGAUUUUCUUCCAUUAGGAUAAAUAACUAUGUGGCUGACGUAUUUUUGUAGUAAAACCAAUAAGUUUGCAUCAUCCUAGUCCUUUGACUUAAAUCCAAUAGGAUUUUUCCACUGGCUUUUGAAUUACUGCAGAAAAUUUGCUCUGUGACCUGCAAAAGUUUAUGAAUUUUGACAUCACCAUCACUAAGAUUCAUACAGGUCUUUCAGUCUUUAUUUAAAAACAUUUUCCAUGAAAGUUUGAGUUGAAUAGUUUACACAAUGCGGCUGUGAAAGUGAGCAGUGAGUGGAGGAGUUACCUUGAUGACAUUUGAUGUCCCACUGAGCCACUUGUUAGCAACCGCAUUAAAACCUGAAAAUAUCCUGAGCUCCUGUACAACACGGACCUUAUUUUAGGCAUUCAACCAAAAACCCAUUCAAAAAAACACUGAAACAUUGACUUAAGGACAAUGGAUCCAAAUGAGCCAACGAAAAUGAACAAAAUUGGCUUCCAAAACUACAUCAUCCCUGCAGUACUCUAGAAAGAGACCGCAUCAGAGGUGUUUCAGAGAUAUGAGACUAAAUAUUUAACACUGUAAGACCAAGAAAGCAAAAACAGUCUGGAUUUCAUGUUGACUUUGUGGUGUUAAAGAGGAAAUGAAAGAAAUGUAAGAUGAAUGUUGCCGUCAGUAGUGAUAAAACUGAGUUCAGAUGCAGAAGAGUAACUAACAACAGAGCGCUUGAGAGCGUGAAUAACUAUUUAUGAAUGUACUGCCUAAUUUUAACCUUGUAACUCUCCAGCUAAUGUGUUUAUUUAUUUCCUAAAUACGCGUUUAUAAACUAAACAUGGUGAUUUGAGAGUUACAUUUGUUUUACAGCAAUAGUAGUGAUCUUUCCAUUGUAAUUCCAUUGUCAAGCACUUAAACAUAUGUAAAAGCAAUGCAUUUUAUGAUUAGUUGUGUUAACGAGAUGAUGUGAUGAACCGCUGAUGAUGUGAACUUUAUUUACUUGAGACCAACAUAAAAUCAGGGAGAAAAUCAUUGCAUUCCAGGGCUUUGUGUAUUUAUUGUCUCUGAGCACACAGUGUGUUUUUAAUGUACACUCAUUGUUCUUACUUAAUAAAGACUCCUAAUGAA